AACACAAAUAUAUAUAAAAAAAAUGGCCGAUCAACUCAACUCUACACAAUUAUCAGAGUUUAAGGAAACUUUUGCAUUAUUCGAUAAGGAUAACAAUGGUUCAAUCAAUAUUAGUGAGCUUGGUGCCGUGAUGCAGUCUUUGGGUCACGAUGCUAGUGACCAAGAAUUAAAGGAUAUGAUUUCCGAAGUUGAUGCUAACGGUAACGGAACUAUUGACUUUGAAGAAUUUUUACAACUGAUGCCCAAGAUGUCCGGUGCUGCUGACACGGAAGAUGACUUAUUAGACGCUUUCAAAGUGUUUGACAAGGAUAACGAUGGAUUUAUCACCCACGAUGAGCUUCGUCAAGUGAUGAAACAACUCGGCCAAAAAUUAUCUGAAGAAGAAGUUAAUGAGAUGAUCAAGGAGGCUGAUGCCGAUAAUGAUGGAAAAAUUGACUACAAAGAGUUUGGAAAGAUGAUGGUAAUAACGGUCAAUCUACUUGUUUGAUAAUUUUUUUUUUUGUGUGUUAAACUUUUCUCUCGUAGGCUCCCAAGUAAAAAUUACAGAUAGAAGAUUCAAGAAUAAAAAAAAAAUAGCCCAAUCAAACCAUUUUGGACAAUUGACGCGCUUCCCCAAAAAAUAUUUUUCUUUUUGUGUGU